AUGGCUGAGGUCCAAGUUGGUAUCUGCAGUGGUCUUAAUCUCUAUAGCCCACUGGCAAUUCUAAACAGUCUUGGGCCUCUGCAACCCAUCUCGAACCUGCAGCUUCAGGAGACUGCUGAGCAGAAAAAUCUUCCCUCUCUAGUACAGUAUUCAGUUUCAGGGAAGAAAAUCUAUUGCUUUAAAGCAGAGGGCCAGUACGAGAAGAUGCUUCUUUUAAACCUAAAUUUGAUGCAGAUUAAUUUUACCACCUAUUGUUAUGCCCCAUAA